AUGGAUCUGAGUCUAAAUUUACGCAUUGUGGCGGUUGUUUUCACGGUGUUGAUCCAAUUUGCUUCCGGGAACUUCGUGUUUAACGUGACGCAUAAGUUCGCCGGAAAAGAUAAACAGUUGUCGGAGCUUAAAUCUCACGACAGUUUCCGUCACGCUCGAAUGCUUGCGAACGUCGAUCUCCCUCUCGGUGGCGAUAGCCGCGCCGACUCAAUCGGUUUGUACUUCACCAAAAUCCAGCUUGGGUCACCACCAAAAGAUUAUUAUGUUCAAGUUGAUACAGGAAGUGAUAUACUUUGGGUCAAUUGUGCACCUUGUCCCAAAUGUCCUGUGAAAACUGAUCUUGGUAUACCUUUAUCAUUGUACGACUCAAAAGCUUCCUCCACUUCGAAGAAAGUUGGAUGUGAAGAUGAUUUUUGUUCCUUCAUUACGCAAUCAGACACUUGUGAAGCCAAGAAGAAGCCAUGUAGUUAUCAUGUGGUGUAUGGAGAUGGAAGUACAAGUGAUGGAGAGUUCGUGAGAGAUAACAUUACAAUAGAUCAAGUCACUGGAAAUCUCCGAACAGCACCCCUUGCGCAGGAAGUUGUAUUCGGGUGUGGAAGUAAUCAAUCUGGACAACUCGGACAAACUGACUCAGCAGUUGAUGGCAUUAUGGGAUUUGGACAAGCAAAUACCUCUAUCAUCUCACAACUAGCUGCCGCAGGGAAUGUGAAGCGGAUUUUCUCACAUUGCUUGGACAAUAUGAAUGGAGGUGGAAUUUUUGCUGUUGGUGAAGUGGAAUCUCCAGUAGUGAAAACAACUCCUUUGGUUCCUAAUCAGGUACAUUACAACGUCAUAUUAAAGGGAAUAGAUGUGGAUGGUGAUCCUGUUGACCUCCCACCAAGCUUAGCUAGUUUUGGCUCAAAUGGAGGAACUAUAAUUGACAGUGGGACAACUUUGGCUUACUUACCACAGACUCUGUACAGCGCACUACUUGACAAGAUUACUGCUCGGCAGCCAGUGAAACUGCACAUGGUACAAGAGACUUUUGCGUGUUUCAGUUUCACUUCAAACACAGAUAAAGCGUUUCCCGUAGUCAAUCUUCAUUUCGAGGACUCACUGAAACUGACUGUUUAUCCUCACGACUAUCUCUUCUCACUUCGUGAAGAUAUGUAUUGCUUUGGUUGGCAGUCUGGUGGCAUGACGACUCAGGACGGAUCCGAUGUAAUCCUUUUGGGAGAUUUGGUGCUUUCGAACAAGUUAGUAGUAUACGAUCUGGAGAAUGAGGUCAUUGGAUGGGCAGAGCACAACUGUUCGUCAAGCAUCAAAGUGAAAGAUGGAUCAGGAGCGGCUUACUCACUAGGAGCAGAUAAUCUCAUAUCAGCUUCUUCGGUGAUUAGCGGAAGACUUGUAACGUUAUUGUCUAUACUAAUUUCGGUUUUGAUUUCUUUUACUUCAUAG